AAUUUAUAGAAAUGGUCCAAUGAAUAUGAACAAUUCGCGCUACUCUUUUCACAUGAACGCAACAGAGGAGUCAAAAAUAGAUGAGCAUACUCUUGAGGAUUACUCUUCAAGUGAAGAAAGUGUCAGUGUUAGCAAGACAAACUCAACGAGCCAGUUUCAGGAACAGAAUAAUCUAACUAAAAAGAAGAGUGAAAUCUCAAUGGGUAUUCUGUAUAGUAGCCAACUCAAGGACAAAAAGGCUAUUUAUAGUGGAGAAAGUUUUGGCAAAAAACCGGAUGAAAGAUAAACUUUAUA